CCCAAACUGUAUUCUACCAGCUGUCUACAUUACAUCCAAGGGCCGAUCUGCUCUGACUGCUGCAAUAGCUGAAAUGUUGAUCCUGCUUCAACAAGUUUCGGUCAUUCGUUUCAUAAACUUCGAUACAUCACUGGAGCAUGCUCUGUAGUAGCCACAUUCAGCAUCCAUUCACUGACUUAACUUCACUGCGCUUGAGGAAUCAUCUCUCUGUUUGCAGUAUCGAUUGUCAACACCUCAGUGAUGGCCACGCUCUUGUUUGCCUCGACCGUGACUGUCUUAUUCGACUCCACAACCGCCCGUCAUGGUUCCCAUGCACCAGCCUUGGAUUGCAGUUGCAGAACUCUCCCAAGGUUCCCAAACUCGUAAUUUUGAAGGCCGUGGCUAUGUUCACCGCGAGCUAGGAAGCGUCAGUGUCCAGAUUCAGUACUGUCCCAUCGACCUCACUCUAAAGAGCCAGACAAGUACCUCCGACUGAUCGUAUUUGGUUCUUGCUCGUGCUGACCACUUCUGAAUCCUGCUUUAGGUUCUCAACAGUGGAAUGUAACCGCUCACAACGAAGACAGAAAUGAAUGCAGCUGCUGAGAAGAAAGUCAACACUCCUGCCCUGAUGCUCGUUUGAGAGAAGUCGACUUGAUGUGAACAUGAAUCUGGGCCUAAAUUUGAACCUGAGUCUCAAAUCAACUGAUGGUACUCUGAAGUUGAUCAAGAAAUCUUCACAACCUGCUUGAUCUGAAAGGAUUGAUGGUUGAGUAUGACGAGAUCACAAUGAAGCUUUUAUACGUGAACGGGAGUCAUGAGUCAUGAGUCCCAUUCUCUCUGUUGUCUUAUUUUCUUGGCAUUUAACAAUUUGAUGUUUCGGUAAAUGCCGUAAUGCCAUUACUGAAGUUUCCGUC